AGCCUUCACGGAAGCGCGCUACCAGCGCAACGUCCGAUUUAUAAAACAUAUGAGCUGCAGUCAUUGGAUAGUCUAAAACUAGGCGUGGUUUAUCCAUCGAUCGGCCCCUUCCCGGGGCUCACAUGACUUGGGUGUAAAAACAUCAGCACGGAAAGGAGUUUCUAUUGUUUCGCCGGCUUCAACAUGACAAGUGUCAAGUGUUAAGCCUCCUGUGCUUCUACCUCCAAUAAACCCUAUGGAAUAAGAGUUUAUAAUAACAAGACGUCCCGGGCACCAUGGUUCACUGACAUCGACACAGACUGAAUAUUUUCCUGGAUCCAGCCGCCUGCCAUGCCGCCACCCGAUGGCUGCUCCAUCAACUCAGCCGCUUCCGAUGAGAGUGAGGACACCGAACCUCUCAUCGAGAGUGAUGAAAGGUGUGACGUACCCGGCGAUGAUGGCGAUAUGGGCUAGGUGGGCUCCUCCUCUGGAGCGCUCUCGCCUGAUUGCCAUGUCGGCAUCUGGGGGCAGCUUUGGCGCCUUUGUGGCCCUGCCGCUCACUGGCUACAUCUGCCAGAUGCUGGGCUGGCCCACUGUCUUCUACAUCUGUGGCGGUGCUGGUUGCCUCUGGGCAGUCUUUUGGUUUAUCUUUGUGUCAGAUGACCCUCGCAACCAUCGCCGAAUCAGCAAAGAGGAGCAAGAUUACAUCAUUAAAACCGUGGGACCACAGGGUACAGGUCAUGGCUGGUCCUUGCCUUUGCUGCACAUGGCGCUGUCUGUCCAACUGUGGGCCAUCAUCGUCACCCAGAUGUGCUCGAACUGGGCCUACUACACCCUGCUCACAUCCCUGCCCACCUACAUGGAUGUCAUCCUGCACUUCGACCUGCAGUCGAACGGCUUCCUGUCCUCUCUGCCGUACCUGGGCAGCUGGUUGAUGGCGUGGCUGUCUGGAGUCAUGGCGGACGCCCUCAUCGAGCGGCGAGUGUUCAGCGUCACUGUCGUUCGCAAAAUCUUCACGUUUGUAGGUCUGUUUCUGCCCUCGGUUUUCCUCGUGGCUGUGGUUUACGCCGGCUGCGACCACAUCCUCAUCGUCACCUUCCUCACACUGUCAAUGACAACGGGAGGGUUCAGCGCCGCCGGAGUCUUCAUCAACCAGAUAGACAUCGCUCCUCGGUAUGCAGGAUUCCUGCUGGGAAUCACCAACACCUUCGGGACUAUCCCGGGGGUCGUGGCGCCGAUCGUAACGGGAUACUUUACUGAAGAUCGCACUCUGGCCGGCUGGGCAAAAGUCUUCUGGGUUGCCGCUGGGAUCAACGCGGGCGGUGCCGUCAUUUACACGUUACUUGGCAGCGGCAAGCUCCAACCAUGGGCCCUCACUGAGGAGGAGCGAGCUGAAGCUGAGAGGAAGAGGAACAGGUCCAUCUCACAUUAAAGCAGAAAUAUGCAUCAGCAGCAGAGCCUUUACUCAGGCUUUAAAGACACAUAUACGAUCAGCUAGUUUUACACAGUUUUCUGAUUUUAGAGGAACGUGUCUGGAGGUUUAAUCUGUAAAUUCAGGUAUAAAUUAAGGGACUUCAUGCAGUAUUCACACUUCAUGAACCAAUAAUGACUUCAGAGGUACAAUAUGCUCUUCUUGUUUACGAGGUGAGCUGAUAGACUUAUUUUUACGGUAAUUCCAGCAACUAUAUUACAGCUUAUGGAGCAUUUAAAAUUUCCUGUUAGACACAUUUUUAACCCUUUAAAUUCGCUGGGAGGUGAAAUUUCAAGGGUUAGAAUGUUAUCACUACUUUUAAGAAAAGAUUAGUUUUGGUGCAGAUGACAUAUUCGAACACGUGCUGCCUUUUAAUAAUCAGGAAACACGUUUACUCUUGUUGAUAAAGUUUUAAUCGUUUGUAUGCGAGUUUUGUUUAAAAUUUUCCGGGUGAUUUUGUUUCUUUGCACCUGUUUGAUACUUCAGGUGAGACCAAAACAUAUCACUUUUUUUUAAAGUUAUUUUGGUUUUUCUUUUAAUUUUACCUUGAACAAGGUACAGUUUGGAACAAAAUGCAUAUUUUGCACAACAGGAGGGUCACUCCACAUAAAAUAUACAUAUCUGGGGGGAAAAAACCACCAUCAGGUGAUUUUUCUUUAAAGUAAAAUAACUUUUAUAAAUUUAAUGAAGCUUUGAAUCUUCAUGCUGUGAAUAUUUUCUGGGUUACAGGCCAUCAGAGUACACAGGGAUGUGUUAAAAUUUUGGGCUACUUUUUAAGUCACUUAAUUUUUUUCCAGCAUUUUUUAGCCUUUUUAACCUACAUACAGGAUAUAUCCACAUUUUUCAGGAUCAGUGUCAUGGGUUAUAUCAUAGCUCAAUAGGAAACAACAAUUUAAUAUCUUUGAUGUAGAGGAACAAGAAUGAUCACUGGAUGUUUGACCUGUUUUCUUAUAAUUCAAUGGAGAUAUCUGCAUUUUGGGUAUACUUUCAAGCACCAUAUGACCAUGUUUUACGGGAGGCUGAUCUAAACAAAGUAUAUUUCAUGAAAGUUCUUAUUUUUUCCCACAUUUUGAUACCAGCAUCAUCUUCUAGCUCAGAUUUCUUCUGUGUUAAAAGAGAGAAACAACGUCUUGCUCUUUGUAGUUGUUUUGACAUGCGCAAGUUUGGGUCCUGAAGAAUGUUUUUAAAGGUAAAACUGAAAGCUUUGCCUCCAGCUCAGCUCUUUCUUCACCACAACAGUCAUGUUCAAAGUCCAUCUCACCAAUCUGUCAGCCCACCUAACCCUCCACCGUCCCAUCACUCAUGGAUAAAAUCCUACCUCGCCUGGGGACUCCUCUCUCCUCCCACUCAGAGUUAAAGAUCCUCCGUUUUCAAGCAGGGAACCACAGCCUCAAACUCUCAUCCUGGUUAUUUCACCUUUCCUGUUCAGUUUCUGUCAGUUUCCUUUGGGAUGAGACGGCUUCAGACAGGAACAUCGAGCUGCUGUGAAGCUGCCUUCAGUGCGGCUUCCUCGCCAUCUCAAAAUUAUCCAAAUCUUAACCCACCCUGUGUACAUUGGGAGCCUGUAACUCAAAAAAUACUCACAGUAUUAUAAUAAAAUUUUGCAUGGUUUCAUUAAAGAUAUGAAAGUUAUUGGACAUAAAAAUCAGCUGAUUUUGAGGGGCUCAGGUGGGAGACACUGACUGAUUUUUCAUGAAGUGAUCCUCUUAUUAGUUUGUCGCACAGCUUCGUCUUUGACUGCUUUGUUUGCAGUUUUCUGACCACUUCUACAGACUGUUUAUUAGGACCAACAGAAGCACUUUUCAAUGACAUGAAUACUCAGGAUGUUUUAUUCUGAUAAGAGUGCCAAAGACACGUGAAACCUUACAUUUUAGAUUGGAGUUUCUUCACUUGUUUUUAAGACUUAAAGCACCUUCAGGUGCUAGCAUUUGCAGUGUUUGUAAUCAUAUGGGUUUGCUUCAACAGUAAGAAGCUUCCUUUUAUAAACUACAGUGAUUAUUUUUUCUAUAUGAUCUAGGAAAUACCAUCAUGCAGUUUUUCAAAGAGCACUGUGAUUGUAAAGAUGUGAUGAUUUAUUCACCUCCUCUGUGCUUUAAAAAUGUGUGAUGUCAUGAAAAUGUGUGCUUUUAUUUUGAAAAUAAUUGUGUUUUUACUUGGAUUACCUGAAAAUUAAAGUGAGUGGCAUGUAACCCUCGUAAUGUC